GUCGUCCUCCCGCCGCCACUAUCUCUCAUUAUGUUAACAAGUGUAAACAAACUUAUCGCAUCCAACUCGCGACUUCGACUACCACUCCUCAUAAAGACUUCAACCACCGCAAUGAUGAAAGAAUCCAGAGAUCGACCUUCCCAAAGGCGCGGGCCAUAUAACGCAGCGAAGAGAGAUAUGACCACAACUGGACCAAGGCGCAACAAUGCUGCUCCAGGAUCUCAAGAACAAUCACCAAUUCCGAGAGUGUCUACUCCUCCUUUGGCCGAGCCUGUUCCGCUUGACACGCCGAGAUUCGCGGAUCUAGGCAAAGAGAACCUCCUCGACCCUAUCCUGCUCCAAACUAUCACCGAAGACCUCAAGUUCGACCACAUGAUGCCGGUGCAGGCAGCGACAUUACAUGACCUCCUCCAGAAGCGAACUGAUGUCCUUGCGCAAGCCAAGACUGGUACGGGAAAGACGAUUGCUUUCCUCCUGCCCGCUAUUCAAACCAUGCUCAACAAGGGCAGACAACAAGGUGGCAUUUCGCUGCUUGUCAUCUCCCCGACGAGGGAACUGGCUAUGCAGAUUGCAAAGGAGGCAUCGGCUUUACUCCAGCGUCUCCCACAAUUCAAGGUUCAAUUUGCCAUCGGCGGUACAAACAAGGACAGAGAAGAGAAGCAAAUCCUCGGCAAAUGCGAUAUUCUGAUUGCCACCCCUGGACGAUUAUACGACCACCUGAGCAACCAGAGAAUCCGCGACUCUUUCAGGAAUCUUGAUACUCUCGUUCUUGACGAGGCUGAUCGCCUCCUCGACAUGGGUUUCAUGAACGCGCUGAAGGAUAUCAUCAAGUGCCUCCCAGACAAGGAGAUGUCCCAGCGCCAGGGCAUGCUCUUCUCCGCAACCAUCGCACCGCAUGUGCAGAAAUUUGCCCAUCUUGUCCUCAACAAUGAGUACAAAUUCACAUCCACGAUCCCCAAGGGCGAAGUCAACACCCAUGAGCGUGUUCCGCAACUCCUGGUCACCGUGCCCACAUUCUCCGCCGUCGCACCCGCACUCAUCUCGUCCCUACGCUCCGAAAUGGCUAUUGCCGGGAAGGAGAACUUCAAAGUCAUCAUCUUCGCCCCCACCGGCUCGCUCGCCGACUGGUACGCCGCCAUCCUCUCCUCCCUAAAGGACCUCCCCGAGGUCUCCGUCCUUCACUCCCGUCUCUCCCAAUCCAAGCGCACCAACGUCACCGAGGCUUUCCGCAAAUCCUCAUCCUCCAUCCUGGUCGCCACCGACGUCGUCGCCCGCGGCAUGGACUUCCCCAACGUCUCCAACGUCUUUCAGGCUGGCAUCCCCGCCGACAAGGAAUCCUAUAUCCACCGUCUCGGCCGAACCGCGCGUGCCGGCCGCGAGGGCCGCGCCGUCUUCAUCGUCACGGAGGCUGAGUCAUUCUUCCCCAAGUACACGCUCAAGGAGAUUACAUUCGAGACCUCGGCGCCUGAUCUUUCCCCCGCUGCCGAAAUCGCAAAACCAGCAGCGGCGUUUGAUAACAAGGGUAAGGUCUACCAGGCCUGGUUGGGAUACUACAAGAACUACGUCAGACAGCUCGGAUGGGACCUCGAGAGGCUCGUGGCGGAGGGGAACCAGUUUGCAUUCGAUGCGCUGGUUGCUGGUGAGGUGCCGGGGAUUCCGAAGAGCACGGUGGGCAAGAUGGGACUUAAGGGCGUGAGAGGCGUGAAUAUCGUUGCGAACUUUGAGAAGCCGCCGAGAGGAGGUGGUGGAAGGGGUGGUGGUGAGGGACGCAGCAGAGGUGCUGGUGGUCAGGGCCAGGUUGGCGGUGGCCAUGCGAAUGCCAAUGGUGGUGGACAGGCACCAGGAAGUGGUGGUGGUGGCCAGGGCCGCGGUGGCGGUGCUGGACGGGGACGUGGAGGUGGUGGCAGAGGUGGUGGACGUGGUGGAAGGAGCUGAAGGGAGCGAGGCAAUGCAAUGACCUGUUCGAUGGGUGUGGUUUCUUUUGUUUUGUCAACGGCAAUCAAUAGACGGCAUGUUCAGGGAUAGAGGAUCUGGAGCACUGGAUGUGGGGUGGAAGAUACCCUUUCCUUGUUUGUGACUUUCAUUGCAUAAUUAGACUAGCAGAUAGAAAAGUUUUGUCUUGGUAUACCUGUACGCAUGGAGUUCUACUGUAGUUCUAUUUCAUGCAGCGCUUCUACUAUC